GGAGCUCUAUGGGGUCAAAAGAAAACAGCAAAAAGAGUGACUUUGUAGUAGUAGUAGAAGAAGCAUAGCAGACAAACAGAAAAGAGAGGAGUGCAUGAAUGAAAAAGACAUGAGUACAGAAGGAAAUCAGAGUAUGGGUGGAGAAGGAGUGGUGGACACAAAACCUGGCCAGUCUGGGUGGAAGCAAUUCCAGUGCCCCAUAGCUGAUCCACGCUUUCCUAGGGAAGAUAUAAAGCAGAUAUGGAAGGAAUGUCAGUAUGAGAGCUUCUGGUAUCGAGCUCUUCCACUGUCUGCCAGCAGCAUGGCUGUGACUAGUGGCCUCAUAUAUAGCGGCGUCUGGAAAAAGUCCAAGCGAUUUGGGUAUUUCCCUAAACUCCUUUUGGCGGGUGUUGUGGGUUAUGCUGUAGGCAAAGCUUCCUAUGUCGGGACCUGCAGAGAAAAGUUUUACAAUAAACUGGGACCAGAUUUCGCCAAAGGGUUUGGUCCGACUCCUCCUGGGUUUGGACCUAGUGGCUGUAAACCUGGACAUAAACACUGCAUCCAUGUGUGUGAGAAAUGCAAACAAGAAGAAGCACAAGCCACAGCAAUAGCGCCCGAUGCACCCACUCAGACCUGAGGGUCUCUGAGAUCCACAGGACAUUCUUCUUUACCUCGUCAUUUUUUUUUUUUUCAAUUAAAAAAAUAAACGAAUAAAAACCGAAAUCUUUAGUUGUUUUGAAAGCAUCUACUCAUCUUGAAUAGACCUUCAUUCUAACUAACCAGCAGGGGGCGCCAAGACACUACGAGACACUGCAGCUAUGAGGACAACUCUUUUCGCAAUUAUUGAAAUCGCCUAUAGUGUUAUUUUAGUAAUUGCGAAAGGUUUGUCUAGUUUGUCCACAUAGCUGUUUCAAACAGAAGUAACAUUUUAGCACUGAGAUGUAGUGUUUGAGUUGGAUUUGAGGGAACUAGGUCACAAUAGGAAACGUAUGCUGUUGUAGUGUCUCAAAUCUGGCAUAAAAGAAAGAAUCCACCUCAUAAGAAUCAGUAUGAUGUUAUUUUUAAGUUCUUAUAAUGUUAUAUUCCAAUGAUAUUUGCUCAUUUUUUUUUAUUGGUUAAGAACAUAAAGAAGGUAAUGGAGGUUUCCGUUGAAUUUUAUGACAGUAAGCAGCUGCCUUUGUGUGUGUGUCAGGUCUGCAUGACUUUGUUCUGCAGUACAAUAUUAUGAGUCAAGUAUAUAUUAAGUGUAUAUUACCUUCACAAACAAGAAUCAAUGUGCAGUGAAUGAAUUACUAAUGCCACAGGCUUUAUUUGAAAUGUUUGAACAUUUAAAUGUGAAGUUUCAUUAAAAGAAUUAAAGAU